GAGUCUCCUGUGGGGAAUGCCUUGUUGAUUGGAGUAGGUGGUAGUGGGAAACAGAGUCUGUGUCAGUUGGCUGCUUUUCUCAGCAUCAUGGAAGUAUUUCAGAUCACACUGAGAAAGGGUUACGGCAUCAGCGACCUGAGGAGUGAUAUUGCUGCACUGUACAGAAAGGUGAGAGUGAAGAAUAUUGCAACAGUCUUCCUGCACAAAGACGCCCAGAUUCCUGAUGAAAGAUUCCUGGUGCUGAUCAAUGACAUGCUAGCAUCAGGUGGUGCUGUGUUUUUCUCCAGUUGGCUUCACUCUUACAGAAGAUUCCGUCUCAUGUGAACUUCACCGCCAUUGACUGAUUACAUCCAUGGCCCCAGCAUGCAUUGCA